GUAGUACGGUCCCGACUCGCCAGGGUCGCCUACAAGCUACUUCGGCCCCGGGUUAAAUACUUAUAUUUAGGUUAACAUUCUAUUAGGUCUGGAUGACUUGUUUUGCACUACCAGCCACGAGUCGAGACCAGCCCAUGGGCUGGAACAGCUGAGUCAGAUAUAGUACCUCGUGUCUUAGAAAAAGCUACUAAUACAUGUAAUAACACGCGGUAUAAGGUACGCCUAGUAGUACUCCUCAUACUCCUCAUAUUUUACAAGUUGCUACCAUAAAUUGCAUUCUCCAAAAACUUGUACUAAAAAUCAUCGUAAUUUUGAUGUAUGAGUUUCAGAUGAGUUCGUUUUCGAUCCUUCCUUGAUCCUUUCAAUCAAGUUUCUGUCUAGCCAGCUACCAGGAACAGCAACGCAGGAGAUCACUUCAAGAGCCCGCAGCUACUUAAUGUUCCUGACUUGACUCCAGUAUAAAAAAGUGAAUUUUCUAGGCACCUAGCAAAGACCCUAGAAGUCAUCUUUCCAAACUAGAAUCCAAACUAUUAAUAUAAUGAAAAUAGGCAGGAGAGGAUGCUCUAACCCUACUGGUAGCACCAAGGACCUGAUGAGUAAAUGAGCGUCUCAAAUAACGUCAGACUGGUUGAUGUCUCGUUGAGCCCCAAAAUCCCUAACCUUCAAAAGAUACUGGCAGGCCAGCUCGUAAUGACUAUUAUCCCCCCGUUUUUGGUACAAAUCCUACUGGUACUACAGAGUCAUCAAGCCGCAACUGGCAGAGCCAUCGUCGGAGGCUAUCCUCAUCGAAGUCAUCAAGAAAAAGGAUCUUUGCGGCUUUUCGCAUUAAUCAGCCCCUCUUCUCUUGAAACCCAACGCAACAUAGUUGUAUCUUUUGACAUCGGAUCAGUGAGAAGAAGGAUCUAACCAUGAGCGGAGAGAAGACAGGUGCGGAGGUGUUCAUCAAGGACAAGGAGCUAGCAUGGAUUCCUGCGCGUCUUUUAGACAUGACCGCCGACAAGGCGACUGUGUCGGUGCCUUCGUACGGAGAUGAGCUGGAUAUCGAGAUGGGAGGAAGGGGAGCCAGCAAGUGGGCUGAUGCGACCGUCAAUCUCAAGGAUUACGCGGAGUUUGGAAAGCAGCUCCCUCUACAGAACAACAAAAUUUUGGAUGAUAUGGUUGACUUGCCUUACUUGCAUGAGGCCGCCAUUCUUUUCAACGUCAAGGCUCGUCUGAAGGAUGCCCUACCUUACACGCGUACUGGUGAUAUUGUGAUCGCCGUCAACCCCUACACUUGGUUGACGCACCUGUAUGCAGAGGAUCAGCAGCUUCUGUAUGCCAACAGGCUUGUGUGGGAAAAACACGACCAAGAUCCCCGUAAGUUGGUCCCUCCUCACGUGUACGAGGUGUCGGCUCUCUGUUACCGAGGAUUGGCCGUCGACGGAAGGAACCAGUCCAUUCUGGUCUCUGGAGAAUCGGGAGCUGGAAAGACGGAGACUGUGAAGAUUGCCAUGAAUCACAUGGCCUCGCUCCAGCGUGGUCCUGUCAAAGCGACUGGAGAGGCAUAUUCUUCGCCUGUCGUCAAGAGAAUUGUCGAUUCCAACCCGAUUCUCGAAGCCUUCGGAAAUGCCAAAACUCGUCGUAACGAUAACUCCAGUCGUUUCGGAAAGUACAUCAACUUGCAGUUUGCACGACAAGCCCCCCAGCCUGGUGAGGUCGAUAUCUGUAACUUGGCUGGAUCCAAAUGUAACGUCUAUCUCCUCGAGAAAACCCGUAUUGUCGGUCACGACGAGGUCGAAGGAGCCUACCACAUUUUCUACCAGAUCCUCAACUCCCCAGACGACAUCAAGGCUGGGCUAAACCCGUGUUUGAAGGGAUCCAAGUGCGAGGACUACAAGUAUGUCGGAAAACUCAAUUUCGUCCGUAAAAUUGAUGGCAUGUCCGAUGCAGAGAACUUUGAACAUUUGACCAACUCUUUGGGUCUCGUAGGGGUCAGUGGAGAAUCCUACCAGACUAUGUUCAGCGCUAUUGUGUCUGUCCUCAUUCUUGGUAACAUGAGCUUCCAGGAUAAAGGCGGAGACGACGAAAAGUCAGAGGUUAAAUCCACUGAUGUCUGUAAGCAGGCUAGUGACCUGCUGGGAAUUCCUAUGGAGGUAUUGGAGCUUUCCUUUACGGAACGUACCAUGAAGACACGUAACGAAGAGUACAAGGUGCCCCUGAAGCACCCCAUUGCCAAAGAAGGUUGCGACUCUUUUGCCAAGGAGAUCUACGCUAGGAGUUUCCUCUGGCUCGUGCGUGAAAUCAACUCUGCCACUUCGGCUGAAGAGAACUACGAAGGAGGUGGUCAGUCUGACUUCGGUAUCAUUGGUCUGCUGGAUAUCUUUGGAUUCGAAUCGUUCCCAGUCAAUGGUUUCGAACAGCUUUGUAUCAACUACUGUAACGAGAAGCUCCAGCAAAAGUUCACCAAGGAUAUCUUCCAGUCUGUGCAAGAAGAGUACAAGUACGAAGGUAUUGAUCUGGAUGAUAUUAAAUUUGAUGACAACUCUGACGUCUUGGAUCUUAUCGAAGGACGUGGAGGUCUGCUGGCCAUGUUGAACGAAGAGUGUGUCCGUCCCAGUGGAAACGACGGCGCAUUUGUGUCGAAGGCUGUCUCGGGUAACAAAAAGUCCAAGUGUUUGCUUGCCGAUAUGAGGAUGGGACCGCUGGAAUUCGGAAUCCACCACUACGCUGGAAAGGUCAUGUACAAUGCCGGCGGGUUUGUUGGACGCAACACUGACAGUUUGCCCGUUGAUUUGAAAAAAUGUGCUCUGGCCUCCACUAAUGAUAUUCUCGCCAACCAUUUGGAGAACGACGCCAUGACCAAGACCGAGUCGAAGGCUGCUGCCGCCCCCCCUCCAGCAUCUGGCAAGGGAGCACCCAGGCGAGGAAAGAGUAACCUUGUGUCUGACACUGUGUGGACCAAAUUCAAGACUCAAUUGAACUCGCUCAUGGCCGGUCUUGCUCUCACCAGCAGUCGUUACAUCCGUUGUCUGAAGCCCAAUAAGUUCAAGAAAGCCUUGAAGAUGCAGCACUUGACCACGAUCGAGCAACUCCGUUGUGCUGGUGUCGUCGCUGCGGUGACCAUCUCGCGUUCGGCCUUCCCUAACAAGCUUGACCACGUGGGUUGCCUGGAGCGUUUCAGAAUGAUGAGGGAAGCCGGAGCUAAGGAGAUUGAGGAUCCCGUCGAAGCUCUGAAUGAUCUCUUGGACCCUGUGCUGAAGGGCAGGGAAGAGGAUGGAAAGAAGGCGUACGUCCCUGGAAAGACAAAGGUUUAUUUCCGUGCCGGAGCUCUGGAAUUCUUGGAGAAUGAGCGUGCAAAGCACCUGGGCAAGUGGGCCAUUCAUUUCCAGAAGGUUACUCGUGCUUACCUUGUCAGGAAGCUGUUGGGAGGUUUGCGAAUGAAGAGCAAGGCACCGAACGCUUUGAGGAUUCAGCAGUGGUUCCGCUGUCUCGUUGCCAGGAAAGAGUGCAAGAAGCGACAAAAGAAAAAGAAGAUGGCCGGCAAGAAGAAGAAGAAGCAAGUCAAAGCUGCCAUCAAGUUGCAGGCUGUUGCUCGUGGUUUCAUUGUGCGUCCGCAAUUCCAGAAGAAACUCAAGGAGAAGCGCGAGAAGGAGCGCCUCAAGCACGAAGUCAAGGAUUUGGAGGACAAGGUGCGCGAAGCAGAGAUGCGGCGCAUGAAAGAAGUGGAAGAGGCAAGAGAAGCUGCCGAGAAGGAAAUCGAAGCUUACAAGGCAAUGGUUCAAGAAGAGAAGAAGGCGGACAAAGAGAAGUCAAAGAAGGCUGCCCAACAACAGACUCUCAUCGACGAGAGUGGCAAGAUUAUCGAAUAUUUGCGUAAGGAGAACAUGAAGCUGCGAAACCAGAAUGACUCUAUGCGCAAGGAUUUCAAGUCACUCAAAGAGAACAAUGCCAGGCUCAUGGAAGCCAAUGCCUCAGCUUCCGCUUCGUUUACUGCCCUCAAUGAUCACGCGAAGCAACUGAAUGCCACCAAUGCGAAGUUGAUCAAGAAUGUGGAAGCCUACAAGGCACAGCUCGAGAAGUUGAAGGAAGAUUUGAAGACGCGCCAAUCAUACUACCUGGCAGAAGCUGAAGCUCGUCUUGCGUAUCAGAAAACGAUGGCUCAAAUUGUUGGUACGAUUCAAGAUAAAUGCCGUGAUGCUCAGUUGACGGAGGAUGUUGUGAUUAUGGCUCUAGAGUGUGAAGCAGAAGCUAAGAGUGAGCGUGCUGCCCUUGAUGUUGGUGGCAAGAAGGCCGCCGCACCUGCUCCGGCUGCCGCCGCCAAGAAGAAGGCACCGCCACCACCGGACAGUAGUAGCGACGACGAUGACAGCGACGACGAUUCGGAUUAGACAAGAUUGAUGGCAGCGCAAGAUUGGACACGGUUUUGGAGCGCUUGUUCUUGCGCACUGAUUGACCCUGCCGCAUCGUUUGAAAUUUCUGGAGGAUUGCAACCGAGGAUUACGUAGUUUAGUGAGUAAAGUUGGUUAAUGUUGCUUGUGUUCAGUUUGUACCAUGGUUUUGCUUUCUACUUUAGAGCCAGUAGCUACCGUUGCUGCUGUUGUUCUUCUUGAGUUGUGGAUGGUAUUCGUUAGCUGACGCUCCAGUACUAGUUGAGUUGCCAUGUACCGGUACGGGUACGGUGGACAUGCAUCACGCUUGAAUAAAGACGCUGGCAACGGUGCCCUGCUAGCUGGCUGGUUGGGGGCAAGGAUGCUUGUGACAGGCUAUCAUCUCGUGGUUGUGUGACACAAGGCUGGUUGUAUCCCAUUUUUGCUUGCGCUGAAAGGAAUUCGGGAUGGAAGCCUACUAGUAGUACCGGUAGUCUGGCUAGCCGAAGAGAGGAAAAUGCGAGACAAUCACAGAUCAACGCCAACACGCAGACAUGGACAAUCAGCUAGAAACAAGUUGCAAGCGGACUUGAAGAUCCCAACAAGAGCGUGGCAACAAGUCAGCACAGUACCGAUAGCACUAAACAUCAUGAACUCGUACAUGUACACACAGAACAGGUUCUGCUUCAAUUGUAACUUCCGAAACUACAGUAUUUUAUCACAACAUUUCUCGCACAGGAACUUAGAUCACGGCAUCUCCAUCGCGUCAAGCUUCCCCUAAAAGGAACAAAUUGGGGGCAUGAUCCAGUCCAAAAACUGCAAUCCCAGAUUUCAUCCACGCUUCUCUGGUGGUCCAUCUGCAGUUGGAUAUAUGAUCAUAUCAUCGGCCAGUGGAUUGGCGUGUAUAGUGACCUUCUGUAUCACGGGCGGAUCAAUGGGUUUGUUUUGGUCUCUCUUUUUGGUGGCCUGUCGGCCCAUUACAGGUAACCGCUCCAUUUUAUCCAAAACCUCCCAUCCAUCCAAUAGACGGCCGAAAACUGUGUGAAGAUUGUUCAAAUGAGGCUGUCGCUCGUAGAGGACGAAGAAUUGCGAUCGGUUGGUAUUGGGACCCUUGUUCGCCAUGGACAAUACGCCUCUCUACGUCAUAAGGUAUUGCACCAAAGGCAAAGGCAGGAAAGGAAAAUGUUCAGAACUCGAAUGAUUCAAUCAAAAAUUCCCCCUCAACUUGCACUGUCACUCGAGUGACACACGCACAGACACACCUUAUCAUGAGUAUUAUCGGGAUGAAACUCGUCGGGAAACGAUGUCGGGCCCCAUAUGGAUUCUCCACCUUUCACCCCAGUCUUCUCAGCAGUGUCACCGCCUUGAAUCUUCCCAAUUACGUCAGUAAGUAUAUCCACCAAAGAAGAGAGGAGAACAAGACUUGUGAGCCAGAGAAGCAGACUCGACAAAGGAUGUACCAGUACGUAUCGUUUGAACGUUACUCACCAUGAAACCCCUAAUAUUCCGGUGAAAGAGAGUCCCAUCGUACGAACCAUUCGCACACAAUGCCAGAAAGUUAAAAGCUGUUCGAGGAGCCGUAUCACAGAAGAUCUCCAGCUUUAUAUCGCCUAUCGUCGUAUGAAGCGUCACGGACAUGGCGGUCUAUUAUGGAGUGGUACUUUUUGCUCUUUGUCUUGGUUUGCUCGCUGUGCCGAGAUUGCCUGCCUGUGACAGGAAAAAUUGGCCUCCAAUUGCCGUUAAUGCAGAGGUAGAGACGCACACUUUCCAAAGAAGGAGAACCUUGGACGCACCAAGGUUUUGAACUUGGGUAUUAUGCGUUGUGAGGUUGAUGUGGUAAAAUUAGUUCUCAAGAAUAAUAGAUUUAACCCUGUA